UCGUUUUAGAGUCAAACGAACAACCACCAAUUGUGGCUGGCUUAUUGUGAAUCACAAAAUCAACUUCAGUUGUCGUUGGAAUUUAGUCGUGUACUGUAUCUUACGGAUUAAAACAAAACAAAAAAAAUAUAAUAAGACCUUGAGUAAAUAAUUGACCAGAACAAUCUUAACCUACUUUAAAAAUAACGUUUUACGUUGAGAGAGCUUAAAAUAAAAUCGAACAUAAUUUUCCCCGAGGAGAGAGGAUCCACAACACAACACACAUUUUGUUGGUUCUUCGUGUUGAUAGUGUGUUGCGUGCCAGGAGUGAAUAUACAAAAAAGUGCGUGACAGUUUUUUUUUUGUAUUUAUUGUUGUUGUUGCUGUUUGUGUUGUUGCUGUUUUAAGUGUUAAAAAUAGAGUUUGGCAUUAGUGAAGCAGCAAGCAAUAAGUUUUGUGUAUAUAAAAACAUAAAAUAAAAAAUUGAUUUUGAAAUAAACAAGCCAUUCAAGUGAAAAAAAAGAUUAUCCCUGUCGACCACUAAAGCAACAACAAAAAAAAAGUUAUACUUACCUAUCCCGAAAGUAGAACAGCAAAAGAUAAAAGAAAAUAAUUAAAUAUGGCGAAAUUUAAACUGAGGAUUUUUGCGAUUGCCGUCUUGCAUUUAUGCUGUUUGUUUAUAGAUCUCACAAAUUGCGAAAGCCCACCAAAGUUAGAAAUUUAUCCAACAAAUGAUGUACAAAGGAAACCCGUUGGAAAGCCAUUGAUUCUCACAUGUCGACCGAAGGUAACAGACCCAAGUCUAGUCACAGAUCUGCAAUGGAAAGAUAGUAUGAACAAUACUAUCCUACCAAAACCGAACAAUAACUAUUAUCCACUGUAUGAUUCCAAGGGACGUAGAUUACCAACUGUAGUCGGCCGGAAUCAACCCCCAAUGUACACGGAAACACUACCCGGCGAAAGUUUAGCUCUGAUGAUAUCAACUUUGACGCCACAGAUGGAGGGCAAGUACUACUGCACGGCAUCAUAUGCGAAUACGGAAAUUCUGGAAACCAGUGUUGUAAUUAAAACUUACGUGUCGAUUACAUGGACGGAUGCACCAGAAAACCAAUACCCAAUUCUAGGUACUGAUUACACAGUCAAGUGUGAAGUUAGAGCAGAUCCAAAUCCGACCGUCGAUUGGAUGCGAAAUGGGGAUCAGAUCCGGACAAAUGACAAAUAUGUCGUAGAGACGCAUGGUCUUCUAAUCCGAAAUGUACAGGAGUCAGAUGAUGGUGUUUACACUUGUCGUGCAGCUGUUAUUGAAACCGGAGAACUUGUGGAACGUGUCAUACGUGUCGAGGUUUACAUUAAGCCUGUGAUAACUUUCCUUCCUACUUCGAUGGAAGCUGUUGAAGGCAAACCAUUUGCAACAAACUGUACAGCGACAGGAAAACCUGUACCAGAAAUAUCAUGGAUCAAAGAUUCAACACAACAAAAUGUCGCAACUGCGGAUCGUUUCAAGGUUAAUCCCCAAACUGGUUUGAUGACAAUUAAUAGGGUUUCACAGGAUGACUACGAUACAUACACUUGCAUAGCGAGAAACGAUGCUGGAGUCAUUGACUCGAAAACAAAACUGAAUGUUCUUGUUAGACCAACAGUUUUUGAACUAUACAAUAUCACUGGUGUAGCUAUGAAAGAAGUAGCUUUAACAUGUAGAUCGAAAGGUCGUCCCGCACCAGCUAUUACUUUCAGACGAUGGGGCUCAGAAGAAGAAUACGUUCCAGGAACUCAACCUGAUGAUGAUCGUAUUUAUCUGGAUCAGCAUUUCGACAAUGAGCGCGGUGAAUCGUCUGGAACACUGAGAAUUUCUCGUUCAGUGCGAACAGAUGACGGCCUCUAUCAAUGCAUAGCUCGGAACAAGGGAGAUACAGCAUUCAAAACUGGACACAUCACAAUGGAAUUCCCACCAGAUUUUAGUCACAUGAAAGAUCUUCCACCUACAUUUAGUUGGGAACAGAGACCAGCUAAUUUAAGUUGUCUGGCCAUGAGUAUCCCAAAUGCCACAAUUGAAUGGCGCUGGAAUGGAAAACAAUUGAAAAACGGGUUUGAUCAGUAUCUCAAGAUUGAAGGAACAGGACCACGCAGUGAUUUAAUUGUUACACCCGUCGCCAGACAGUAUUAUUCCGUAUAUAAAUGUAUUGCAACAAAUGUUCAUGGAAGUAUUGAACAUGAUAUGCAACUCAAAGAAGCUACGGUACCUGGAAAUGUUCAAGCUGCUAUGCCACGAGGAUUAACAGCGACAACAAUCACAUUUGAAAUAACUGGUCCUGCAACGGAAUUGGGUCUGCCAGUGACAGCUUAUUCGGUACAGUACAAAGAAGAAAUCAAUCCAGAUUGGUCGACAGCGCAGAACCGUAGCUGGUCACCAGAUAGUCCAUAUAUUGUGGAAGGAUUGAAGCCUCAAACUGCUUACACAUUUAGAUUUGCAGCAAGAAAUCAGAGAGGAAUCGGUCCAUGGAGUGCUACACGUACUCAAUCAACUCCAAAACGAUCAGCGCCAGAGGAACCCCGACCACUCCAUUCGCCUGUGCAAAAUGACAAAGAAGAACCGGUUGUUGUGUCACCUUAUUCUGAUCACUUUGAGCUGAGAUGGAGCGUUCCUGCUGACAAUGGCGAGCCAAUUGAUUUCUAUCAAGUUAAAUACUGUCCCGGUGUUAAAGUAUCCGGAACAUGGGAAGAACUCGCAAAAGAAUGCCGCUCUACAGAUGUCAUUGAAUCAACAAGUUUCGAAAUGUCAAGUCUAAGUGGCAAUACAUAUUACCGAAUUGAACUUAGAGCGCAUAAUGCCAUUGGUUUUUCAUCACCGGCCAGUAUCAUCAUGAAAACCACCCGAGAUAAUCCAUACACUGCAGCUUCAUCAACAAUUAGUCCGACCUCAUGGUCAAGAUGUUGCUUGUUAUUACUACUUGCUGGAAUGACGAUAAUCAUAUCAACACCAUCAACAAUAGUCAGCAUAAAUGGAACUGGCAGUGAAACGGAAGUAAUGUCAUCGCCAUCUUUGACACCAUCUAGUUCAUCGUCAACAAGGUUAAAGUGUUUGCAUUUUUAUUGCAGUGCAGGAAAGUGUUUUGAUGAAAGUUAUAUCGAACAGCGAACAAAAACGAUAACAACUUUGCUUACCGUAAAUGAUGGUUAAUGCCACGAAUUUAUAGUUCUAAUCAUUUCCAUCAAAAAAAAAUUAUUAAUUUUCAUUUUGUACAAAAUAUUACAAAAAAAAAACUAAAGUCAACAAAAAAAAACAUUCUUUUAAACAUAGUAUACAGAGAAUACAUAAGGUCAUUGUGUAAAAUAAAAUUUGUUAACCACAUUUACCGAUAAAAUUUAAACUAAGUAUAACAAAGAAAUCAAGCAAAAAUACAAUAAAAAAAAAUAUUGAAAUUGGUUUUACAUGAACUGAUGAGCUUUUUUUUUGAAUUUUUUCAAAUGUUCUGCAAAUGAAAGUUUUAAUUUUUUUAACAAUCUAAUGAUAAGUGCGUAUUGAGUAUAUAUGUUUGUUCUUGCAGUGAAGGUAGGAAACUAGCGGAUGGCAGCUUUUCUUUCAAUGUGGCAACAAUAUUAUCUUUUAGUGACAAACCUUCAUCCUUGCAAAAUUGGUUUUUAGACUUUGCUAUAUGAGAAGCAGUACUCUGUAAACAUUUUUUUAUUUUGUGUUUUUGGUUAGUGGCGUAUUCUUCAAAAAGUGUCCGUCAGACUAGGUGCUGCAAUAAAAAACACUUCAAAAUUACAGAAUAGCUAGUAGCUUUAUAUAAUAUAUGACUUCGAGACAUUUUCAGAAAAGGUUUAUUUGCAAAUUAAAUUAUCCUUUCGCAGAUUGAAUUCGCUUUUGUAAACUGAGUUAAUUUAUUUUUAACCAAAUUACCCUUCUACAAAUCAAACUAAACUUCUGAAAAUCAAACGCCUUUCCACACUUUUUUAUUUUCUUAUCAAAGUUUUUGAUCCUCUGAUUUCAAAUCCCCCCACAAGUGCACAUGUCGAGCUGAGAGUUUAGUCAGAGUGGCUAAAAUGAAUUGUCCCGAAAUGACUUGACUCGAAUUGAGCUUAGUUGACUCUAUUAUCAAAAACCACGGAUUUUCAAUCGAAUUUUUCAAAAUUUCUAAAAACCUAUAGCUAUUUUCAAAA